UCGAAAAAUGGCAGAUUUCAGAAGGCGAAACUGGGUCAUGCGACCUAAGACACCCAUGGCUCCUCGUCUGAUAGACGAACAGAUCAUCCCCUCUUCAGGCUGGACUGACUUCUCUGAAUUUCAUUGCCUCCUUGUUGAUCUCCCAGGUUUUAAGAAAGACGACAUCAAGCUGAAUGUGGAUGAAUCUGGGACUAUAGUAGUUAAGGGAAGGAGAAAAAUAGGGGAGGAAAAACAGGUGCAUUUUGAGAAGACCUUUGAUGUGCCAGAAGAUGGAGACAUUAAGAGUGUAAGUAUGGUUUUUGAUGGAGAUACAUUGAGAGUGAGUGUUCCAAAGGUGGCGAAAACAGAAAAGAUCAAACCAAAUGAUGAUCUUGGAGCUUCAAGCAGAAACAUUAAUGAGAAGGAUGCAGAAGAGUACAGUCCCCCUGCCUUAAGUUCAAGCAGUGACAAUAAACCAGAAGAAUUUAAGACCCUUGCUUCUGCAAACAGCAUCACCAAUGAAAAACCGGAAGAAUAUCAGAAAGAACAGAUGACAGAGAAACAGGAUGAAGUUCAGAAAGAACAGAUGACAGAGAAACAGGAUCAAGUUGAGAAAGAUAAGAAUGAUUGUGAUCAAGGGAAAGAGAAAGAAUCUGAGAGCCCUACAGAAGAAAACACAGAGAAGAAGAAUGAAUGUCAGAGAAAACAGAAUGAUCAAGGGAAAGAGAAAGAACCCGAGAGCCCUGUAGAAGAAAACACAGAGAAACCGAAUGAAUGUCAGAAAGAACAGAAUGAUCAAGGCGAAAAGAAAGAGAGUUCAAAGACAUCUGUAAUGGGGAAGAUCAUUGAGAACAAAGGGAUUCUUAUAGCGUCUAUUAUAUCAUUUACACUUGGGGUUUUACUGUCUAAUAAAAUCCACCCAUCAUCACCUCCUAAAUAAAUUAACUUAAAAACCCUGAAUCUUGUCCUGCUUCAUCAUGAUUUGUAUUGUUUGUUCUGCAUUAAUCUCAAGAAAAUUCUCCUGUACAAUGAUCAAGAUUUGUUUAUUAGACGUAAAAGUCAUUUUCAGUUGAAGAUUUUACAUAAUGUAACUGUGUCAUAUUUGAAGUUAUAUAUGCAUAGAGACUUAGAAGUUUAUAUUA